AUGUCCCUCCUACCCACCGUCCGCCGCAUUGUGACCGGCCACAAUGACAAAGGAGAAGCUAUCUUUGAUUCUGAUGCCGAAUUAGCCCCUUACAACCCCGCUACUCGCGGCCCUGACCCCGCCAAAGAAGGGGAGACCGGCUUCACCACCGUGUUCCGCACCAACGGUGCUCCCGCCGACUGUACCAAUCCAUGGGUUGAUAUCCAUAACAAAACCGUUCAAUUGGCAGAUAAAGUCGGCUCGACGGCAAGAGUCGUCGACUUCGCGCCAGGAACUCCCGGCCUGAUGCACCGUACCGUCAGUUUAGAUUUCGCUAUUAUCCUGAACGGUGAAAUUGAGUUGGAACUUGAUAACGGUGUCACCAAGAUGGUGAAGCAACACGAUAUCGUUGUGCAGAGGGGCACCAUCCACUCGUGGAAUAAUAAGAGUUCGGAAAACGUUCGAGUGCUGUUUGUUCUUCUCCCUGCGCAGCCUGUCAAGGUGGGCGAUAAGGAGUUGGAGAGUACUCCCCUACCGAAAUACUUGCUCGGCACGGCCGGCGAAGAGAAUGCAAAUCUCUGA